AUGGAGGAUAAAGUUGGGUUCGGAUUCCGUCCGAAUGACGAGGAGCUCGUCAGAGACUUCGGAGAAGUUUCACUGCCAAGUAGUAAAGCGGCGGAGGAGGAUGAGGAAGAUAUAUUGGAUUGGAGCCUUUACCUUGUUGAUGUUGUCACUUUCUCUCUCGAACCAUUUCUGUCUAAGAAGUUGAAAACGGGUUUUUGGAAAGAAAAUGGAUUCAACACACCAAUCAUUGGUAAGUGGAAAGAUACCAAUGGCGUUAAGAUUGGCGAGAAGAAAGUUUUGGUUUUUCAGUCUUAUGAAAAUCCCAAUGGAUCCAAAUCCGAUGGGGUAAUGCACGUGUAUCAACCUACGUUUUUGCCUCUCGAACAGUGUGGAUUUGACCGUAUGUUUUCAAAGUGUUCUUGUGAGAUAUCUUUUGGGUUUUGA